AUGCCCGAGCCUAGAAGACAUUACCGCACAGAAUUGAACAAUCUUUGCGUCCAGGCUGGAUGGGAAGUACGCUUUGAAGACUCUUUUACUGGUCCCCAGAACAAAGGAACAUGGAGCUCGAUCGCCUACGUCAAUGGUGUCUCUUAUGGUCAGGGGAGCGCGAAAGACGUCCGCGCCGCCAGGGAAGAGGCAUCUUACCAUACGCUCGUUUAUUUUGGCCGUGCUUGAUUUGCACCGACCCCACGCUGUGAGAUACACCGACUCAAUGGGCAUUCAUAACACGGACUUUAGAUUACUUGCACUUCUAUCUUAUUUAUCAUCCGUGUAUCUCACUUGAU